GAUGGGCACACAUUGGCAAUUGGCUGGGAGUGGAAAGCUGCCUAGAGCUGGCAAUGUCUAGCAGGGUGCCCGUUAUCUCCUCCGUCCUCCCGGUGUACCGGAUUCAGCUCACACACAGCCGCCAGGCCCCCUCCAGAUUGACACAUUUGGAUUGCUCUCGGCCUGGAGAAAGUGCUGUUGAAUUCUGCGUCUCUAUCCAUGGACUCGCCGGGGAGAGGGAAUUCUCUCCGGCUUUACCCGCACAAUAGGCCACCUGGAGCCCUUCAGUGUUCACAAUGAAUUUGUCAGACCGAAUGACUGAUUUUGCCGAUCAGGCCCGCUACGACUAUGUCAACAGCACCUCCGUGUCUCACGUGGGCAACGGUACGCUGCGAGACAUCCAGCAAAUCAUCCACACGGCGACGCUGGUCACCUGCACGUUCCUCCUCGUGAUUAUCUUCUGCUUGGGGUCCUAUGGGAACCUUGUGGUGUUCUUGUCCUUCUUUGACCCUGCCUUUAGGAAAUUUAGGACAAACUUUGACUUCAUGAUUCUGAACUUGUCGUUUUGCGACCUCUUUAUCUGUUGCAUCUCCGCCCCCAUGUUUGCCUUCGUCUUGUUUUUUGAUACCGGCAGCAACGUGCCCGAUGCGUUUUGCUUCACCUUUCACCUUACCAGUUCGGGGUUUAUCAUUAUGUCCUUAAAAACCGUCGCAGUGAUCGCCCUUCACCGGCUGAGGAUGGUGCUUGGACAGCAACCUAAUCGGACGGCCUCCUUCCCCUGCACUUUGAUGCUCACGGUGCUCCUUUGGACCACAAGCUUUACCCUUGCCACAUUGGCCACACUAAGGACACGAAAGUCUCGGAUAUGCUUACCUAUGUACAGUCUAAUCAGUGGGGAAGGCAAAAUUAUCCUGUAUUUGUACGUCAUAGACUUCACUUUUUGUGUGGCGGUUGUGUCAGCGUCUUACAUCAUGAUUGCCCAAGCACUGAGGAAAAAUGCCCAAGUGAGGAAAUGUCCCAUCAUUACAGUGGACACAACAAGGCCGCAGCCAUUCAUUGGGCCCGGAGUGGAUGGGGUACAAUGCGCUGUCCCGGCGUUGUACAGGAACCAGAAUUAUAACAAACUUCAGCAUGUACAGACACAUGCCUACACCAAAAAACUGAGCCAAAUGCCCGUACCGGCAAACAGACUGCAACUCGUGUCAGCUGUCAACUUGUCCACAGCGAAAGAUUCCAAAGCGGUGGUGACUUGUGUGGUCAUUGUCCUCUCUGUGCUCAUCUGUUGCCUCCCUUUGGGAAUUUCCCUGGUCCAAGACGUGUUGACCAAUAGCAGCAGUUUCAUCCUGUACCAGUUUGAACUUUGCGGCUUUACCUUGAUCUUCUUAAAGUCUGGCUUGAAUCCCUUUAUCUACUCCCGUAACAGCGCCGGACUAAGGAGGAGGGUUCUAUGGUGCCUCCAGUAUGUGGCGUUGGGGUUUUUGUGCUGCAAGCAAAAAACCAGACUGCGCGCUAUGGGAAAAGGUACCCUGGAGGCCAACCGAAACAAGUCCUCUCACCACGAAACCAACUCCGCGUAUAUGUUGUCGCCAAAGCCGCAGAAAAAGUUUGUUGACCAAGCCUGCGGCCCAAGCCAUUCGAAGGACAGUGUGCUGAGCCCAAAGGGCUCCGGGGGACAUCAGCAUUAUGCCCAGAGCAGCUCCACCCCAAUUAAUACCCGUAUAGAGCCCUACUAUAGUAUCUAUAAUAGCAGCCCCUCCCAAGAAAUCAGCACCCCUAAUAGCCUGCAGCCAGUAAACUCCACAUUCGGUUUUGCCAAAUCAUAUAUUGCCAUGCACUAUCACACCACCAACGAUUUGAUGCAAGAGUGUGAGACCACUUCUGCCAAGCAAAUCCCUGUGCCAUCUGUCUGACAAUGAGACCGGAACAUGCAUCUUGUAAGCAUCUCCGACAUGUGUUACUUUCCAUACUGCUAUAGGUUUACAGUUUACUAUUUCACAAGUAUUAGGACUCACUUAAUGGAAAAAAAAAUAUUUUUC